GGCCUGGGGCAGAUAGCUGAAUAAUUGUUCCCUGGAGAUCGUGAAGCUAAAAGUCACCCCUUUGGGGCUGCCUGUGUUUAUGUCACACACCACAGUCGGAACCUAGGCAUUCCGUGUCCAGAUUUGAGGAAGCACGCCCAGUCCCUUGUACAGAUGAGAACACACCUGCUUCCUCAUCUGCCUUGGGUCCUCGCUGCCGAGGAAUCCCUUGUAGGGAGUCCCAGAUGAGCACUUUCCAGCAGCUGAGGUCAACUGUGAAGGGGCUGACAGCUGGAGGCUGACUGCUCCUUACACUCCCUGCUGCUAGGUAGCAGGUCCUUCCUUGAAGGGGCACCUGCCUGGCACAAUUCUGUCUACCCCAGGUGGUGUGUGUGCCUUUUCCGCGUUUGCGUGGCAGCCGUGAAGGCAGGAAGCGGACUUUCAGGCUCGGCUCUUUCCCUGACUUUACCGUGAAACCUUUAAGACGUUUCCCUCGAUUCGGGAGCUCUACAAGCAGCGGCUGGAUGAAAUUGAAAUGUUGGAGAGACAUAUCAUUCAGGGCCGUGCACGAGCUCUUGCAGAGAAAGAACGGAUCAUGCAACAGGCCGAUGUGCAUGCCCAGGAGACCUUCAUCAAGAUCCCUCCAGUGAAGUCUAUCUUCAGAUGGUGUGUGGACAGUGUGUUGCUACAGAAGCAUCAUUUGAUCUGCCCGGAUGAUUACUACAGUGACACCGUACCAUUUUGCUCUGCACCUAAAGGCGUCUCUGUCCCUGGAUGUUCAAAACUCACAUUCGGUUGUGAGAAGCGUUCUGUCCCAAAGAAGCACCUGACCAAGAAGCUUGAAGAUCCCUGCAGGAAGAUGCUCACUAAGUCUGACGAGGAGCUGGACUACACUGUGGACAGCCUGACAUGGGACUCAUCUUUAGAGGCCAAGCGCAAGACUGUCCAGAAAACAGGUCCACCCAAGAAUAAGAAUUGGAUGAACCACCUACCUGUGCCCCAGAGAGAACUGGAGCGACUUCUGCUUGCCAGAAUGGACAGUCGGAUCCGCUUCCUUAAAAACCCCCGGUUUUUCCCUCCUAACACUCCACGUGGAGGCACGUCUCUCCUCUUUCCUCCGAAGAAGCCAGUGCUGACAGGAGACCUCCAGAGUGGAGAGCCAGUGGAGAGUUGUGCUGAUACUCCAGUGUUUCUUGCUAAACCAUCAAUCGCAUUUUUCACAGAUUAUGAAGUUGGGCCAGUUUAUGAGAUGGCGAUCUCGCUACAGAACACCACCGCGGCCAGCCGCUGCCUAAGAGUCAUCCCGCCGUCGACGCCGUACUUCGCGCUGGGAUUGGGGAUGUUCCCAGGAAAAGGCGGAAUGGUGGCCCCUGGGAUGACCUGCCAGUAUAUCGUCCAGUUUUCUCCCGACUGCCUCGGGGAUUUUGAUGAUUUCAUUUUAGUUGAGACCCAGUCAGCCCACACGCUCGUGAUCCCCCUGCAAGCCCGGAGGCCACCCCCAGUGCUGACAUUGUCACCGGUAUUGGACUGUGGCUACUGCCUCAUCGGGAGAAUGAAGAUAACCAGGUUCCUGUGCAAAAACGUGGGCUUCAGCGUCGGCAAGUUCUGCAUCAUGCCUAAAAAGAGCUGGCCGCCACUGAGCUUCAGGGCUGUCGCAACCUUGGGCUUCGUUGAGCAACCUCCCUUUGGAAUCCUGCCUUCCAUGUUUGAGCUGGCUCCGGGGCAGGCCGUGUAUGUGGAGGUCUCGUUCCUCCCGACAAGCCUGGAAAAGGCGGAGCAGACCUUCAUCAUUGUGUGCGACAACUGCCAGAUAAAGGAGCUGGUGACCGUAGGAAUUGGGCAGCUGGUUGCUUUGGAUCUGAUCUAUAUUUCUGGUGAAGAAAGUCAGCCGGAGCCUGGAGAGCUCACAGACGUAACAGCCCAGCACUUCAUACGCUUUGAGCCGGAGAACGUUCAGUCCACAGCUAGAAAACAGCUCAUUAUUAGAAACGCGACGCACGCGGAGCUGGCCUUCCAUUGGCAGAUCAUGAAGCCGAACCUGCAGCCCCUAAUGCCUGGAGAGACCUACAGCAUGGACAGCCUCAAGUACCACCCUGACAGGGAGACGGCCUUCUCCGUCCUGCCCGAGAGAGGGGUUCUCAGCCCCCACACGGACCACGAGUUCAUCCUGAGCUUCUCUCCUCGUGAGCUGAGGGAUUUUCACAGUGUGCUCCAGAUGGUGCUAGAAGAAGUCCCAGAGCCCACGAGCUUGGAAUUGGAAACCCUGAGGGAUUGCUCAUGCUCUGCGGAUGACGUCAUUGUCCUGGAAAUCGAGGUGAAAGGCUCGGUAGAACCUUUCCAGGUCCUCUUGGAACCGUAUGCCCUCAUCAUCCCCGGGGAGAACUACAUUGGUAUAAACGUGAAGAAAGGUUUUAAGAUGUGGAACAACAGCAAGUCCCCCAUCAGAUACCUGUGGGGGAAGGUCAGUGACUGCCACAUCAUUGAAGUGGAACCCUGCGCAGGGACCAUAGAGCCCAACGAGGUGGAGGAUUUUGAGUUGAGCUUUACCGGGGGUGUCCCCGGCCCAACAAGCCAGGACCUGCCGUGUGAAAUCCAAAACUCACCCUCACCGGUGGUGUUACACAUUGAGGCGGCCUUUAAGGGGCCGGCCCUUGUCAUCAAAGCCUCAGCCCUUCAGUUUGGUUUGCUACGCCUGGGGCAGAAAGCCACCGACUCCAUUCAGAUCCAGAAUGUCAGCCAGCUCCCAGCCACGUGGUGCAUGAAGGAGAGCCUGGUGUGCCUCCAAGAAAGGCAGGAGAGUGUGUCUCCCUUCGACAUUGAGCCCUCGAGCGGCCAGAUCCCUGCUCUGGGGGAGUGCAGGGUGACCAUCACCUUGGAGGCCAAGCAGUGCCAGCGCCUGCAGACCGUCCUGGAGCUGGAGGUGGUAAACGGAGCCUGGAGCCACCUUCCUGUAUACGCCGACGUACAGGAGCCCUACGUGUACCUGCAAAACAGCCACGUGGAAGUCAGCAACCUCUACCUGGGCGUGCCCACCAAGGCAACCAUUAGACUCAUCAAUGGCACCCUCCUGCCCACCCGCUUCCACUGGGGCAAGCUGCUGGGGCACCAAGCAGACUUCUGCACGGCCAAGGUCUCCCCGAGACGUGGCACGCUGGGUCCCAGUGAGGAGCGCCAGCUCAGCCUGGAGUUCACUGCUCACACCCAGGACGAGCUGAGCCAUCUGGCCCUCCCUUGUACCGUGUCGGGCAUGAAGGAGCCAGUGGUCCUGGGCAUUUCUGGGAAACCCCAGGGACUGCAAGUGGCUAUUGCCAUCUCUGCGGAGGGCUCUGAUGGCAGCGUUCUCAGCACAGAGCUGUGGCCGGACCACCUGCAGGAGCUCCGCCUCGACUUUGGCUCCGCGGUGCCUCUGAGGACCCGCGUGAACCGCCAGCUCAUCCUGACCAACCGCUCCCCGAUACAGACGCCCUUCACCCUCAAGUUUGAGUACUUCGGGGGCCCCCCAAACGGCCCGAAUCAGAAACCCAGCCUCCCCGACGUGCCCCCUGCCCUGCUGAAGACGUCGCGGAUUCGAGAACGCUUGGCCAAGCGAGAGCAGCUGAAUUUUAUGGAAAGCCUGUUGUCUCACGGGAAAGGAGCUGCCUUCUUUCCCCACAUUUCCCAGGGCAUGCUGGGGGCCCACCAGCAGCUGCGCAUCGACAUCACGGGCUAUGCAAACAUGUGGGGCGAGUACUGGGACGACCUCAUCUGCACGGUGGGCGACCUGCCACCAACAGUCAUCCCGGUGCAUAUGGCGGUCGUGGGCUGCCCCAUCAGCUCCCUGAGGACCACUUACUAUACCACUGACCAGUUGCAGAAGGAGCCUGUCAUCAGGUUCGGCACCCAGGUCUCCGGAGGAGACACAGUCACCCGGGUCCUUCGCUUGAAUAACUCCAGCCCCUGUGAUAUCCGCCUGGACUGGGAGACCUACACUCCGGAAGACAGGGAGGACCGGCUGGUGGAGCUGCUGGUGUUUUAUGGGCCACCCUUCCCGCUGCGGGACCAAGCUGGAAACGACCUCUUGUGCCCAGAGACCCCUGCAAGCAGCAGCUCCUUCUGGUCCCCAAGCUCCUCCGAUGAGUCAGACUCCAGCCGUGAAGCUGCCCAGUCUGCCGAGGGCUGCUCCAGGGUCAGCGACAGGGCCUCACGGAAGAUCCUCUCAGUCGUCCUGCGGGAGCACGACGGGGUGCCCUGUGGCCACCUGUACCGCGUCAGCCCCAAGCAGAUGGUGGUCCCCGCCGGCGGCAGCAGCAGCAUCUCUGUGUCUUUCACGCCCGUGCUGCUCGGCCCUGGUACCCGGCACAAAGUGGAGUGUGUCGGCUAUGCCCUGGGCUUCAUGAGCCUGGACGAUGAGGUGGCAAGAGAGCUUCCCGGGAGGCGGCGGCGCCUGCAGGACUUCGCCGUGGGAGCCCUGAGACUGGACCUGUGCAGCUCUGUGAGGCCCGCACAGCUGAGCGUGGAGCCGGACUACGGCGGUGGCACGGAGUUCUGGCACCAGGCCAGCGACCUCAUCCCCAAGCAGCCCUGUUCUGGGGUGCUGAGCGAGCUGGUGACCACCCACCGUCUGAAGCUGACCAACACCACAGAAAUCCCACAGUCCUUCCGGCUCCUGGUCUCCAGGCCCUUCUCUGUUGCUCAAGAUGGGGCCAGCCGCAGCCGCAGAGCUCCUGGCCGGGUGCAGGGGUGUGACGAGGAGCCAGCCACGGCCGGCCAGCCACUGGUGCUCCGCCCGAAGGAGAACAUGCUGGUCAGUGGGCACCUUCCCCUCACGCACGCACGCGUACACAACGCCCUCACACACGUGUGCGCAGACACUGGCAUCCAGACACGGCACGCUCUCGUGUCAUCCGCUUCCAGAGCUGGAGGGAGCAGCCACGUUCUCCUCCGGUGUGCGCUUGGGCAUAGGUGUGUUGAGGGCGGGCCAUACGCUGUGCUAGGUGACAGACUACCCCAAGGACCUCAUCACGGAGGGGAGCAGGGGAGCAGAUCUACAGAAGAAGGGCACCCUCACUCAGCAUUUGCUUCCUUCUCCAGAGGAAAACUGAGGGGCAGCCCCCAAACACAGCCCGAGUCCGGUUCCACCAGAGCCGGCUGUCACCAAGUGGUUAAAGGUCCCUUUAAGACGCCUCAGGGAAGGGCGCCUGGGUGGCUCAGUUGGUUAAGCGUCCAACUCUCGGUUUGGGCUCAGGUCCUCGUCUCAAGGUUCAUGAGCUGGAGCCCCGGGGAGGGAUCGGCACAGACGGCGAGGCUCUGGCUGCGAUUCUCCCUCCCUCCCUCUCAAAAUAAACAUUUGACCUCAGCAGACAGCACCGCCCUCCACCCUGUGCCCAGAGCCUGGCAUCCUCCUUCCUAGCCCCUCUCUGACCCCCAGCCUCAGUCUCCAGGUCAUCCCACACCCAUGUGUUGCUCUAGGACAAUGAUUUCCAAGUCUGGCAAUAGAGCCGUGGCCUUUAGAAAACUUGCUGGAGAUAGAAGUUCACAGGCCCCACCUCCAGAGACCAGAAGGUCCAGGCUGAGGCCCAGGAAGCUACUUUUUUAACAAGUGCCUCAGUUGACUGUAUGGAGCUAGUCCCAAAGAACCGGGGGAACCACGCAUCCACCUGCCUUGGGCUAAGAUUCACCUUGGCCUUGACUCACGUUCCCCUCAGCCCACCUCCUGAUUCCGACAUCCCCUGCUUACAAGCCAUCAGAGGCUCCUCUGUGUCCUCGGGAUAAGGACACAGGCAGUGCUGGGCCAACAGGCCCGCCCACAGCCCUGCUCACGCCAAGGGGUAAAGGGAGGUUUGCUGGCCGUGUCCCCUCGGGGGCCUCAGCUCCUCGUACUAACGGGUGUGGGGCGCAGGGCAGGGUGCAGCGUCCGUGGGCCAAACACCCCAGACACGGGCGCCGGGUGGAGGGAGGCACCCUGCCGGCCCCGUCCGGGCCGGCCUACAGGCCGCAUGUGGUCAGGGGCUGAGCUGGGGCCUACCGGGCCGCGGGGGCCGUGGGAGGAAGGAGGACCGAUCGCCAGGUGGGGAAGCUGCCGCCCGCCUUCGGCAGCGCGAGGCGACGGCCUUGCUCACGUCUGCUCAGGUGAACGUGUCCUUCUCGCUGUCCCUGGAGCUGCUCUCCUAUCAGAAGCUCCCGGCGGACCAG